AUGGACAAAAGUUGGAUGAACUUGACCGAUAGAUUUCGAUUGCCUGCAUAUGCAGAUGGGGUUAACACUUUCCUUACCUUUGCACGAAACCAUUCUCGGGGAAGUGAUCGCAUUCGGUGUCCUUGUCGUUCAUGCAGAAAUAUGAUAUUCUUACCUAUAUUUGAUGUGGAGACUCACUUGUUCAUUAAAGGGAUCAAUCCAAAUUAUACCCAGUGGAUCUUUCAUGGAGAGGAGGAAACAACAAGUUUCAAUGAUGACGACGAUGAUGGUGGUGCUGAUUAUGCUGACGAGUACAUUGAUGCCAUGGACCAUAUGUUAGAUGACGUUCGGGCAGGCACAUUCAUUGAUGUUCCCCAAGAUCAUCACAAUCCAUUGCCAACUGGUGGAUCAAUACCAGAUCCGUCUCCAAGUUCGUCUUUUGAUCAGUUACUAGAGGAUGCCCACCGUCCACUUUUUGCUGGUUGUACAAAGUCCUCAAAACUGUCAUUUAUUGUGAAGUUGUUACACAUUAAGACAGUUGGUGGGUGGUCAAUAAAGUCCUUUGAUAUGCUACUUAACCUAUUGCAAUCCGCAUUUCCUGAUGCUGAAUUACCAAAUUCAUAUGCGGAGUCAAGGUCAUUGGAAAAUGCUGAUCUUGAUGAAUAUCCUAUUUAUAAGGCUUCAAGGUGGAUGCCUAAUACACACAGGGCACGUCUUAUACCAAGGAAAGUGUUGCGGCAUUUUCCUUUGAAGUCAAGAUUGCAACGUCUCUUCAUGUCUAAGGAAAUAGCAUGUGAUAUGAGAUGGCAUAAAGAGCAUCGGCCAACCAAUGAGGCUACUAUGAGACAUCCUGCAGACUCAGAGUCGUGGAAGAGAUUUGAUGACGAACAUAGUUGGUUCGCACAUGAUGCUCGCAAUGUUAGGCUUAGGAUGGCAAGUGACGGUUUCAAUCCCUUCAAUAAUAUGGCUAAACCAUAUAGCAUUUGGCCAGUAAUCUUGGUUCCUUAUAACUUGCCGCCGUGGUUGUGCAUGAAGGACCAAUUCUUCAUGACGUCUCUCAUUAUUCCAAGGCCAAAAUCUCCAGGUAAUGACAUUGAUGUUUACUUGCAACUGUUAGUUGAUGAACUGCUUGAAUUUUGGGAACAUGGGAUACCUACGUAUGAUGCCUCCAUAAAGGAAAUGUUCGUGUUGCACGCUGCUUUAUUGUGGACAAUCAAUGACUUUCCAGCGUAUGGGAAUCUUUCUGGUUGGUCAACAAAGGGAAAAUUGGCAUGUCCAUCUUGUAACGAAGGCACCGAUUCCAAUUGGUUGACGUAUGGACUAAAAUUUUGUUAUAUGGGACACCGUUGUUUUUUGCCACUAAAUCACAUGUGGAGAUUGAGAAAAUAUUUGUUCAAUGGUAAAGAAGAUCAUCGCCCACCACCAAGGAUUUUAGAUGGUGCUGAUAUUGUAACUCAACUACAGAUGCUUGGGGAAGUGCAAUUUGGUAAAUCUCGUCGAAAGAGGAAGCGCACUACUGAAGAGUUGAACUGGACAAAAUAUAGCAUUUUCUUCAAGUUACCAUAUUGGGUAACCCUGUGGCUUCGCCAUAAUCUAGAUGUCAUGCAUAUUGAAAAGAAUAUAUUUGAUAACAUAUUAUGUACUUUGAUGAACAUCCCUGGUAAAAAUAAGGAUAAUAUCAAUUCUCGACAUGACCUAGAGAUCUUGCGCUUCAGAAAAGAAUUACAUUUAAAGCAUGAAGAUAAAUGUAUUACAAUGCCACAUGCAUUGUACACAUUACACGGUGAUGAGAAGAGGAAAUUUUGUGAAUGGUUGGCCGAUGUGAAAUUUCCAGAUGGAUUUGCUUCGAACAUCUCGCAUUGUGUUUCAGUACGUGAUUGCAAAAUCUCAGGGUUGAAAAGCCAUGAUUGUCGUGUUUUCAUGCAAAGACUACUUCUUAUUGCCGUGGGGGGGUUCUUACGAACUGAUAUCGCAUUGACUUUAACUGAACUGAGCACGUUGUUUAAGGAGUUGUGUGCCCGAACCUUGGAUGUUAACCGACUUACCCAGCUCCAAACUGAUAUCGUCACAAUUCUAUGCAAAUUGGAGAUGAUAUUUCCUCCAUCGUUUUUUGAUGUCAUGGUCCACCUAGUUGUCCACUUACCCCGUGAGGCCAUACUUGGGGGUCUAGUACAAUACAGGUGGAUGUAUCCAUUUGAGAGGUAUCUUGAUAUUGAGACAAAGUUUACUCGAACAGACCGCAACAUUGAUGGUGGAGAUCUUGAGAAUAUAGAUGGAUUCAAAAUUUUCAACCAGAAAGUUCAUCCCAUGGGUAUAGCUUCUAACUUUCAAUUAUCAGAUAAACUCCUAAAGGAAGCAACCUGGUACGUCCUCAACAACUGCGCUGAGAUUGGACCCUACCUAGAGAAGCACUAUGAAAAAUGUAAAGUACAUAGCCCAAAUUCUAUCGAUAGAACACAUCAAACUGAGUUUCCAACUUGGUUGAAGAAACGAGUUCAGGAGCAGCGUAUAACUAACCCACUUGAUGUAAACGCUGAUUUGUAUGCGUUAGGUUGCGGGCCUGAACGGUGGGUUGCAUCCUAUGCUGCGUGCAUUAUAAAUGGCAAAAGGUUCCAUACGAAAGAACGUGAAUUUCGACGGCAGACACAAAAUUCAGGGGUGUUUGUAAUUGAGGACGAAAGUACUAAUAAUGUUGACUUCUAUGGUGUUAUUAAUGAUAUAGUAGAGUUACACUACAUGGGAAGACGUCAAGUGUACUUGUUCAUGUGUGAUUGGUUUGACAUUGGUGAUACAAGACGAGGGGUUCGAGUUGAUAACCAUAUGUACAGUAUCAAUAUGGACAGGACUUGGUAUAAUGAUGAACCAUUUGUGUUGGCAUGCCAGGCUUCACAGUGUUUAUACAUUAGAGAUAUAAGGGCGAAAGGGAGAUGGUUUGUGGUGCAGAAGUACAUGAAUAAGAAUGUAUAUGACAUUCCACUAGUGCCGAGGGUGUUAGGAGAACUUGAUGGAUCAUCAAGUGAUGAUGAUGUCUAUCAAGAAAAUGAGGCAUCAUGUGAUUAUGCACCAUUGUCGUGUGAUGCAUGUCCAAUGUUUAUUCCAUUGAAUAGGAAUGACGUAGAACCUAUGGUCAUUGAUGCACAAGAAGUGACCAGUCCGGCUGGGCAAAACAUGCGUGUAGCAGACUUCAUUGACGAUGGCAUGACUGCUUCUGGUUCAGGCUAUGCGUCUGAUGAUGGGGAAUAUUCAGAUGAGAAGGACUUAUCCAUAGACGACGAGUCUAGGUCAUCUUAG